UUAAAUUUUGGCACUGUUAGUUUUUACCUUGGAUACAAUGCAAUGCAGGAUUUCUUUCCUACUAUGUCCAUGAAGCCAAAUCCUCAGUGUGAUGAUAGAAAUUGCAGGAAGCAACAGGACGAAUAUAAGAAAAGGGUAGCAGCACUGCCCAAACAGGAGGUUGUUCAUGAAGAGGAAAUGAUAAUACAUGAAGACAAUGAGUGGGGUAUUGAGUUGGUAUCUGAGGUUUCAGAAGAGGAACUAAAAAAUUCUUCAGGUCCAGUUCCUGACUUACCUGAAGGAAUUACAGUGGCAUAUACAAUUCCCAAAAAGGAAAAGGAUUCUGUACCUGAGGUAACAGUGGAAGAUUCUGGUGAAAGCUUGGAAGACCUCAUGGCCAAGAUGAAGAAUAUGUAGAUAACAGACUAGCCUGUACUUUAUUUCUCAUGUUUAAGCCUAUUCCCUUCAACUGAAAUCAUUUCAGAACUGAAAAUAACUUAGGGCAACAUUAUUUGAUGUGUACUUUCCACGGAAUUAUUGUACUUGUUCAAAGUACCUUGACUGUUCCUUUUGCUUCCAGCCUUCAACUAAAAUCAACUAAGUAACUCUCCUAAAACUCAUGUGUUACUCCAUUAAGAAAACUUAAAGGGAUUAUUGUAGGCAGUUAUAAAUCAUAUUGAAAAUUUAGCCAUUGAAAUGUUUUGGCCUUUUGGGAGGGUUGGGAAGAAAGGACCAAUUUGAUGCUGUACCCCUUUUAUUUCCAGUAAUCCUUGUGGCCUCUUGCCUGAGGCCAUGGGCAAAAAGUAGUUUGUAGUUCUCAGAUACAGGGAAAAGGACAAGAGGCACAAAGUAUUGAUUAGAGCUGGCAGGCAUCUACUCAUGUUUGGAAUUGCUCUGUACAAGAAAACUGUACACAAUUAGGUUGGCCAACAAUGAAUUUAAAAUCUUUAACUUACAAAAUAAAAAUAUCCAUAUCCUCUUAAAUAGUUCCUAAUGAAAUAUAAGCUGAAAUGUAGUCAUUGGAAAAGUUUGUAAACUCGUGAAUUAUAUAUUCAAAAACAAGACAACGGCAAAUAAAAGGAAGCUUUCUUCAUGAACAGACAGAUAAAGGUACUUUGAGGAAGUAGUAAUUGUAUUUCCGCACUAAGGAAAAGAAGUUAAUCUGUGGCCUAUAUAUCUGCUCUCCUGCAGCUGUGUAGCCAUGUAGCCCAGAGCACUGGGUGGAGCUCUUUAUUAUAUAGCGUCAAUUAAUUGCCCACACGUAUAUAGUGAGCAAGCUGACCAGGGCCAGGUGAGAAUCCUGGCCAUAGGAACCUUCACUUUAUCCACAUGUCAGAAUCUUGGGCAUUAAAAUUGAAGAUUUUAUUACACAUAAAUACAUAAAUGGUACAAAAAAUGGCAAUAAGUAUGAGACCUAUAAAAAUAUUUAAUUUUCAGUAUUGAAUGGCAGACAAUUUGAGUUUGAAAUAAAUGAAGAGACAGAUUUAGGCCAUUUAAGAGAGAAGCUGGAGGAGAAUGUCAUGUUCCUCUUUUGGGAAAAGCUAAAGUACACUGGAAAGCUUGACUUGUUACUGCAUUAGUGACUUCAGACAUGAUGUAGCUACAUACACAGUGAAACAAUGUACAGUGUAGAGAGCGUGGAAAGCAGAGGGCUUGGCCCAAUCUGCUCCAAGAAAAGGAAAACUUAAAAAAACUGUAGCAGAGAUUCCUAUUACUAGUUCAUUUUACACAAGAAUAAUUGAAGCCUUUCGUAAACAUUAUCCCUUUAUUCCUUGAAACUUUUCUUUGAGGUAGAGAAUUGGGCAGGCUAAAGCAAGAAAAGGAAUGGUGAGUCUAAAGGAGCUCUUAAGAGAUUAAAAGAAUUCUUGAACUCUU